GCGCCUCCUCCUCGCCUCGCGCGUCCACUCGGAGCAGUCGGUGUGUAGUCCGCGGCGUUUAAUCACGGAGCGCGAGCGAGGCAGGAGGCGGACCACGGGUGUAACGACACCGUCGCGGCUAAGCGGGGGUACGUCAGUGUACGGCGCAACGCGGAGAGGGGGGAAGACGAAUCGAGGGGCAUCUUUUUUCCCUGCCAUUGGUGGCUCAGUUCUUGUGCCUCCAAUCCCAGACCUGACCUCACCGUUCCGGGUCCGACAACCCUGUGCUUUCACAGAGAGAUGUCCAAGAUGAAACCCGCCGAACCGGAAUCCCGGAUGGAAAUUCAGGAUCUUCUGGGCAACACGAGUGGCCUCGCGGGCGUCUCGCUGGACUCAGUCGAAUGAAGACGGGCUGAAAGACAAGCGCAGCGCGGAGAUGUCGGUGCCUUUGCUCAAGAUCGGCGUCGUGCUCAGCACCAUGGCGAUGAUCACCAACUGGAUGUCGCAGACGCUCCCCUCUCUGGUGGGGCUCAACACCACCAAGCUGACCGCGGCGCAGGGGGGCUACCCGGACCGGAGCACGGGAGUGUUGCCAGCGAACCCAGAAGAGUCAUGGCAGGUGUACAGUUCAGCCCAGGAUAGCGAGGGGAGGUGUGUCUGCACUGUGGUGGCGCCCCAACAGUCCAUGUGCUCACGGGACGCUCGCACCAAACAGCUGAGGCAGCUGCUGGAGAAGGUAAUCGCCGUCCAGAACAUGACCCAGUCCAUCCAAGUGCUGGACCAGCGGACUCAGAGGGACCUGCACUAUGUAGAGAAGAUGGAGGUCCAGCUGCGUGGCUUGGAGAACAAGUUCAGACAGGUGGAAGAGAACCACAAGCAGAACAUCGCUAAGCAAUACAAGGCCAUAAAAACGAAAAUGGAGGAACUUAGACCGUUGAUACCAGUGUUGGAGGAGUACAAAGCCGAUGCCAAAUUGGUAUUGCAAUUUAAGGAGGAGGUCCAGAAUCUGACGUCAGUUCUAAGCGAACUUCAGGAGGAGAUGGGAGCCUAUGACUACGAGGAGCUCCACAACAGAGUGUCAAAUCUUGAGGAGAGACUCCGAGCAUGCAUGCAAAAAUUAGCAUGCGGCAAGCUGACAGGUAUCAGCGAUCCCAUCACUAUAAAAACAUCUGGAUCCAGGUUUGGCUCCUGGAUGACUGACCCUCUAGCACCUGAGGGAGAUACAAGGGUCUGGUAUAUGGAUGGCUACCACAACAACCGGUUUGUGCGGGAAUACAAGUCCAUGCAGGACUUCAUGACAUCGGACAACUUCACGUCCCAUCGGCUGCCUCACCCAUGGUCAGGCACAGGUCAGGUGGUCUACAAUGGCUCCAUCUACUUCAACAAGUUCCAGAGCCAUGUCAUCAUCAAGUUUGAUUUCCGCACUUCCUCGAUCAGCAAGUCCCGGCAGCUGGACUAUGCCGGCUUUAAUAACGCAUACCACUACGCCUGGGGCGGUCACUCGGACAUCGACCUCAUGGUGGACGAGAGCGGUCUGUGGGCUGUGUAUGCCACCAACCAGAAUGCUGGCAACAUUGUCAUCAGCAAGCUGAACCCGAACACACUGCAGAUCAUCAAAAGCUGGACCACCAACCACCCCAAGAGGAGCGCUGGCGAGUCCUUCAUGAUCUGCGGCACGCUCUACGUCACCAAUGGCUACUCGGGAGGCACCAAGGUUUACUACGCUUACUCCACCAACUCCUCCACGUACGAGUACAUAGACAUUGCGUUCGAGAACAAGUACCUGCACAUCUCCAUGCUGGACUAUAACCCGCGGGACCGCUCUCUCUACGCCUGGAACAACGGCCACCAGGUUCUGUACAACGUCACGCUGUUCCACGUCAUCCGCUCCGAGGAGCUGUAACCACGGGGACGGGGUUAGGCACGGGAAUACCCGUCUGUUUAGAGAUCUCCAUAUAUACAAAAUAUAUAUAUCUGUGAAAAGAGACUUUAUUAAAAAAAAAAUACCAUUCUGUUUACCAUUCUGUAUGAUCGACAAGGAGGACCUGCAUCAGAACUGGAUGCAUAGAGAGUUGAAUGUGUAUAUAUGUUAUCGAAUUAAAGAAAAGAAAAAAACUAAAUUAUUUGCUAUAACGAAGAUGAUUGUAAUACAAAUAUAGUUGAGAAGUAGGGUUUACAUUGGAUUUAAAAGA